AUGAAUUUUUUGUGGGUUUUUCUUCUUCUCCUCCUCCUCCUCCCAAUCUCCAUAUCUGCAGACUGUACUUGCGAUGAUUCCAACAACGAUGGCGAUGUUAACAAGUCCCAAGCUCUAAAAUUCAAAUUGAUUGCCGUCGUUUCCAUUCUGGUCGCCGGAGCCGUCGGCGUUUGUGUUCCAUUGCUGGGUAAGAUGUUUGAUUCAUUACGCCCAGAAAGCAACGGUUUCUUGACCAUCAAAUUCUUCGCCGCCGGCGUUAUUUUAGCCACCGGUUUUGUCCAUGUGUUUCCCGAUGCAAACGAGAGCUUGGAAAACCCUUGUCUGGGAGAGAAGUCUUGGGGAGAUUUUCCGUUGGCAAAUUUCAUCGCUAUGGUGUCGGCGGUGGUGGUCAUGAUGGUGGAAACGGCGGUGAUGAGUUUGUUUAAUCGAUGGCAUUAUAAUAACAAUUUGGCGGAGCACGGCGGCGGAGAUGAAGAGAAACAUCAGAAUCAUGUGCAUGUUCAUACCCAUGCAUCCAAUGGCCAUGCACAUGCCGCUUCUGAUGGUUCGCCGGAGGGUCUCCUCCGUCACCGGAUUCUUUCGCAGGUGUUGGAGGUGGGGAUCUUAAUACAUUCAGUCAUAAUUGGAGUAUCAUUGGGUGUUUCAGUCAGUCCCAAAACAAUCAAACCCCUAAUUAUUGCUUUGAGUUUUCACCAACUGUUUGAAGGCAUGGGCCUUGGAACUUGCAUCACUGAGGCAAAAUUCAAUAUUAGGACCAUAGCAACAAUGUCCAUAUUUUUUUCCCUUACAACUCCGAUAGGGAUCGCUAUCGGGUUUGGGAUUUCGAACACAUAUGACGAAAAUGGUCAAACUGCUCUCAUCGUCCAAGGUGUACUCAAUGCAGCUUCUGCCGGGAUACUCAUCUAUAUGGCACUUGUCGACCUCCUUGCCGCAGAUUUCAUGAAAUCGAAAGUGCAAACAAGUCCAAAGCUUCAGAUGAUGGCAUGCAUAGCUCUUCUCUUAGGAUUAGGUUGCAUGUCUCUUUUGGCCAAAUGGGCUUGA